UGCAAAGUGCAUGAACGUAACAAAAAACACCGUUGGUAUAUAAUUGGGUAAUAUUGAUCAACGACCAAUAACUGUAUUAGUUGACCUAAAAGAAAUCAUUUUACUAAGGUUUUUGUGAGGCCAUUUUCUAGUUGACUAAGCUUUUCAUUGAAACAACAACCCAAAAAAUUCAAUAAGGUACUUUUGAGCGUAAUGCUGAUAUAAAUGAGGCAAAACAAGAGAAAAUUACUUAGUAUAGAUUUAAAUUAAACCGAGGACAGAACGUUCAUACUCCGUAAAGUUUAAAGGAACGCGAAAAGAAUUUGGUUGUUUACAUCUCGAUUCAGUGAAAAAUUGUACGCUGAAGUCAGUGUAAUGGAAAAUUUGCAUUGAACAAUAUCUAAACCAUGAAUAACGAUCUGCAACAAAGAGUUAAAAUUGAUAGACCGCUUUAUGACCAAGAGCAAUUAAACAAACAUUGCCAAUAUGAAAAACUGCCAAAAAAACAUUUGGAUUGCGUCAACUGUACACCUUCACGUAUUUUGUUCAAGACAGUACCUGUAUUAAAAUGGUUACCAAAGUAUCGAUGGAAAGAAAACAUUCUGGGGGAUCUCAUCGCUGGAUUUACGAUUGCUAUAAUGCAGAUUCCGCAAGGAAUGGCUUACAGUCUUUUAGCCAAUGUACCACCUAUUACAGGAAUAUAUACUGGAGUCUUUCCAGUUCUAGUAUAUUUUAUAUUUGGAACUUCUAAACAUAACUCAAUGGGUACUUUCGCUGUAAUCUGUUUGAUGACCGGAAAAACAGUUCUCGAGCACAGCGACCCAUCUAGCUUUAAUCAUCUGGCAAGCUUCAGCGAAGUAGGCUACUCGCCGAUACAAGUAGCGACUGCUACGUCUUUCGCUGUGGCCAUGGUUAUGCUAGUCAUGUACCUUUUCCGACUAGGAAUCAUUAGUACCCUACUCUCGGACACUUUGGUUAGCGGAUUUACAACUGGCGCUGCGUGUCACGUGUUUACGUCCCAAUUAAAAGAUAUAUUCGGCUUGGGGAUUCCGACUCAGAAAGGAUACUUUACGAUUGUUAAAACGUGGAUGGUUGUAUUUGAAGAAAUAAAAAAUGUUAAUUGCAUCGCUCUGGGUAUUUCCGUAAUAUGCAUUAUAAUUUUGAUACUUUUCAACGAAGGAAUAAAACCAAAGGUAGCCCAGAAGUGCAUGUUUCCAAUACCAGUCGAACUGCUCCUUGUCAUAUUGGGCACAGUUUGCAGUUACUUCUUGAACUUAGUAGAAGAUUACAACGUAAAAAUUGUCGGCACCGUACCUACUGGCUUGCCAGAACCAUCGCUGCCCCCUUUUGAGUUAAUGGGUCGUAUUAUGGUGGACUCGAUUGUUAUCGCAAUUGUGUCGUACGCCUUGAGUUUAUCUAUGGCCCUGAUCUUUGCUCAAAAACAUAAUUAUGAAGUGGAUGCCAAUCAAGAGCUUUUGGCUCAGGGCGUUAGCAAUGUGGUAGGAUCGUGCUUCUCCUGCGUACCGGUAACAGCAUCUCUAACACGAUCAAUGAUGGUACAUGCAGUAGGAGGGAAGACCCAACUCUACUCAAUUGUCUCCUGUGGAAUUCUAAUACUUGUACUAAUGUGGAUGGGUCCACUUCUUGAAACACUUCCAAUAAGCGUAUUGGCGAGCAUAAUAGUGGUAGCGUUAAAAGGACUGUUUAUACAAAUAAAAGAUUUUGUUCCUAUUUGGAAGGCGAGCAAACUAGACGCAAUGGUCUGGCUAAUAACCUUCCUAGUUGUAGUUUUUGUAAAUUUGGAUAUAGGACUAUUGGUUGGAUUGCUUUUGUCACUUGCACAAAUUUUACUAGCUGGAUUUCAACCAUACACUUGCCUGAUGUACGCCGUUCCUAAUACCGACAUUUAUUUGGAUUCGACUCGCUAUAAAAUGGCCAUUCCACUGAACGGUAUAAAAAUAUUCCACUAUAGUGGCAAUUUAAGUUUCGCCUUGAGGAACACGUUUAAGCUUGAGCUGUAUCGCUUGGUGGGGAUUCAACCACAAAAAGAGUUACGCAUGCGAAGAAAAAUUGCUAAGCUCAAAGAACAGGUACGGCUCUCAACAUCUAGCGCGUUUUACCAAAAAGUUCACUUACAGGACGACAUAUCCUUCGGAGAUUUGAACAUAUCAAAAUUUAAUGAUAAGAUCGAAAAAUUGAAAAGCAAAACGACGAUGGACGUAUAUUGUAUAGUUUUAGAUUUCUCAGCAGUAAGUUACAUUGAUUCGGCCGGCGUUGCAACUUUGAAGAGUAUCGUUCAGGACUUCGCACAAAUUAGUAUUCCGAUUUACAUAGCCUCCAGCGAGGGACCUGUGUACGAAACGAUGAGUCGUUGUAAAUUAUUUAACGAGCCGAAAUGUUCAAUCAGGAUCUUUCCAACAGUGCACGACGCAGUUCAAAGUGCGAAAUCAAUUUUUAGUUUAGAAAAUCACAAUCACAUUAGUGUUAUUAGUAAAGUGUAAUUAAAAUAUGAUAUGACAUUGUAAAUAUGACAUGGACAAGGGUUAGACUGGAUCAUUAUUAAAUUUAUAACACUCGA